AAAGCACAAAUUCCGAAACGAUCAGACCAGAGGACCUCAGGCGGAACCUUCCGUGAAUCGAUUCUUGAGCUUUUGAAUCAAACAAUAAUCCACGACCCUUAUCUAGUUUCAACAACAGAAUCAACCGAACAACUGUCUGGUCCGGGAAUGGACGAAAGCAAAAAAGUGUGGGAUCGUACUGAUUCAGUCAGCGUUAUGAAAGAUCACUUGAGGACCAGAAAUGCAACGAAACUGACUGAUAACGCCUUGCUUGCGGAUGUGAACCUUGGAAACCAAGUCAACUCAUUGGAUUCCUCCACAGGUGAACGGGAGGAUAAAAAGGGAUCGGUAAUGGACAGCUCAAAGCCACCCGAGCAAGUUCAUUUGCAGGGCAAGAUGAGUUCCUCUGAUAGAGAUGUAGCGUCGGGCGUCCCUGACCGACUCGGCAUGCCGGUAAUCAGUUCAGAACAAUCCUUAUUGGAUGAAGAAAAGAAGCUUGGAGGAAAGAAACAAGUGGAAUCUCCUGAUGGUUUACAAGGCGUUGUGGAAGCUAACUUAAAAGACUCUGAACAUGCGCGAGUUGGUGAUAAACUUGUGGGUGGUGUACAAACAUAUAAACUAGCCCCGUUAAAGGAAGAGGAUCAGUCACAGACCGACGAAACUCAAAUGCGAAGAAGCCAAAUUCAUUAUCCUGGUGCAACUUACGUGACAACUGGCGAACCGACUGGGGAAGAAGACAAGCGUGAAUUCGACAAGGAUCAAAGCCCGAAUCUGGGUCUGGAUAUGACGACCGGACAGUUGAAGCCAGGCGAAGGGUUCGAGACGAGACACGAGGCACAAGCAAUCGUCACACCGCGAGUCCAACCUGACUCCAAGCCUGAGUCUGUUCAAAUGGAUAGCGCUUCAUUUUCCAAUCUCGAUGCCCUUACCUUGGAUGUUGAUUUAGUUCGUACUGCGGAUUCCGGCUUGGAACCUUUCGGAUUUUCCGAUUCUCUGGGGAUGUCAUCGUUUGACGGGAAGAAUGGAAGAUCUCAGUCUGUUGAUGGGCAACCCAAGAAACGAAUAUCUGCUCCUAGUGGAUCAGCAGAAUCGGUAACCGCAGAUCAGCCUGUUCACAUUCCAAAGGUCUCCCAGCUAAACAGUUCAUGUUUGAAGGAAGUGCUCGGUUGUGAAAUUGUGCAAGCCUUGAUGGGACCCAAAGGAGAUGUUGGAUUGCCUGGAUUACGAGGACCGCAAGGCAUUCAAGGCCAUUGUCCCAUUCCACUGUGCUCUAGCCCAAUGGUUAUUUAUGAACCGGGCCCUCCUGGACCUGCAGGUGGAUGUGAACCAUGUUCCGUAUCAUUGCGUGGUCCCCCAGGAGGUCAAGGAAAUAAAGGAGAUCAGGGAGAGUCUGGGACUUUGGAGAUCGACAGAGUCAGGAAUAUUGUUUCGUUCACUGUGAAACAAUGGUACUUUGAUUUAAAUUUAACAACCGAAAUCACUAGCCAGAUUCGAGCUGGAAGUGAAAAAUUACACCGAACUGCAAUGUAUGUCACAAUACUGUUGGCAAAAAUGCUGGCGGAGAAAACAGGAAGUACUAGAAAAGCUGGCACAGUUUCCCGGAAAUUGCGCUCAUUUAUCAACACACUGGAGAGGAGAAAAUUCCUCCGGCGUAAGAAGUCCACUGGAAGGUUGCACCAAGCCGCGAACAGGAGACAACGUUUGCGUUUCAAACGGAUCGAUACUGGUGCCAUCCGACCAAAAGUAUCCACAUUUUUUGACACACCGGGACAGCGAAAAUUGCUUCCGGUUAUCAUAGUGGACAGCAUAACAGAACUGGAGAUACGUGGUGCAAACUUAGGCAUGGGUACCUUUAUGGCAAGCUACCUAAACGGGACGGAACUUCCACCGCAUGUUAUCAGACCAAUGGGCAUGUUUAUGAAGACAAAUAUUUUGAGAAAUCAGUGGAAGCGCCUCUCACUGAGCCUUGAUCAAGAAGUCGUCUACGGAAACCCAAAAUUUACACUACGGAUUUCGGUGUCUCUGUAUGUUCGCCGUUACCUCUGUCAGCGACGCAGGUUAUCAAGUUUAGACCACCAUUCUCUCGAGCUGAACUUACCAUCUGCGCGUCUACGACUCAUCCUUGCAUUCUAUCCGUACGCAGUCAGAGGUGGAGAAUUUCUGGGCUGGUACGGAGCGGACGCUUUAUGUCGUGAAUACGGAGAGCAUCGCUUGGGAAUAACCGGAUUCCGUGUUUUUCUUUCGGAUCAGAAUUUGCCGCUGGAACAAAUUCUACCAUGGAGAUUGCUACGUGUGCCCAUAGUCAAUCUGGCCGGUGCCACACUCUUCCGUAAUCUGAAAGAAUUCCUUUACGGAUUACCACCGUAUGCCAACGAACCUAUCUACGAUCUGGAUGGUAUGCCAAACACAGAGGAAACGGAUCAAAAACUGUUUUGGUUCGGUUUUGGGGACAAUUAUUCUUGUAAACACUGGUCGUCAAACGGUUCUGAUGACUGGGCUCUGGUUUGGUCUAUGAAUCAUCGAAUACGCCAUGCGCAAACAUCGUUUUCACGGUGCACUGAUUCGAAUUAUCUGCUUUGCUACAAGUUGGCCGUGAAUCCCAACCUCCAGUAUUUGUAAUCGGAUCCUGUUUCGAACAAUCGAAUGGACAAACUUUUCCUGGAAUCCCCAGUUUUCCGACACAGUGGCUCUCUGAAACAACGCCGGAGUCGAACAUGUGCAUCUUUUGCUCCAUCCCGUGAAGUGUGACUGUUAAAACGCAUUCUUAAGCUAAAAGUAUUUAUCAUAAGAAAAGACAUACUCAGUUAUCAACAUCAGAGACUACUUAUCAUUGAUACAUUCAGGCAAAUCUUCCCAAAGUUUUUGAAGUCCUCUUGUUCUUUCUUCACGCAGACGGUUUCUGUAAAGAACAACAAGAAAAUAAGCAUGAAUUUGUUUUUCUCUGUGACAAGAGCUAACCUUUAUUCUUCAUCCUGCACAACUCAGAGAUAUACAUCCAUUUGCU